AUGAAGCUGUCAGGUGUUGCCGCGUUAGGCCUUGUAGCUGUCCCGGAAGUGCUGGCAUGGGGAGGCUUCGGGCAUAUCACGAUCGCAUAUGUUGCUAGCAACUUUGUCCAGCCGCAGACGACAACCUACUUCCAAACCCUCCUCCGGAACGACACCACCGACUACCUCGCCAACGUGGCUACGUGGGCCGACUCGAUCCGGUAUACGAAAUGGGGCCACUACACAGGCGUGUUCCACUUCAUCGACGCCAAAGACGAGCCUCCAUAUAACUGCUCCGUCGAGCUCGACCGCGACUGCAAGGACGAGGGCUGCGUCGUGACGGCGAUCCAAAACUACACCUCGCAGAUCCUCGACCCCUCCGUCCCAACCUGGCUUCGCGCGCAGGCCGCCAAGUUCGUCGUGCACUUUGUCGGAGACAUCCACCAACCCCUGCACGACGAAGACGUAUCCAGGGGCGGAAACGGGAUCCACGUGCUGUGGGAGGGGCGCGAGCUGAAUCUCCACCACGUCUGGGAUAGUUCUAUCGCGGAGAAGUGGGUGGGCGGCAUCAGGAGGAAGCCGUAUCAUGAGGCGCAGGAGUGGGCGGAUGAGCUCACUAGCAAGAUCAGGAACGGCGAGUUGAAGGAGCAGAGCAAGACGUGGCUGGACGGCGUGGACUUUGCUGAGCCCAUCAAGACCGCCCUGGGUUGGGCGAGGGAGGGAAAUGCAUAUGUCUGUUCGCACGUACUUCCCGAGGGGCCGGCGGCCAUCGUGGGACAGGAACUAGGCGGGGAGUAUUAUGAGAAGGCUGCGCCGGUGAUUGAGUUGCAGGUCGCCCGUGCGGGUUUUCGUCUUGCGGCGUGGCUCGACUUGAUAGUCGCGGCGCUCAGGGUCGAGGCCGAAUUAUGA